UUCGAGAACAACCUUCUGUAAAAUCUAAAAUAAGAAAAGGGAAAUCUCUUCAGAAAGAUAAAAUUUUAAUUCUGGAUGAACCAAUGAGCCCACGAGCACAAAGAAAUAAAUAUACUGUCAUACCGGAGCAACCUUCUGGUGAAAGCUUAGAAAGGUACUGGUAUUAUGUUAAAAAUGGAAUCACCAAUGAGGAUAUUCCUGACCCAAAAUUCACCUUUGAAAACUUAUGCAAGAGAUCAAAAAUUAAUAAAGAAUAUUUAUCUGCUUUUCCAAAGAAAGUUGAAAAAUUGCGUGAAGAAGUAAAAGAAAAUUAUUACACUGCUGUUAAACAAGGUAUAAUUGAUUAUAUUUUAUUGGAUAAAGAAGAAAGAGAACGACUGAAGAUUGAAAGAAUUCCCCCUAAAUGGCCCCACAUGUUUGUACGAUCACCACUUCCUUGGCCAAAAUUAGUUUCAUCUACUAAAGCAAUGCUUCAGUCUAAGGUUCUUUUUUCUCGUCCAUGCAUGAGAAAGAUUUUGAACCUUUGGGCACAAAAGUAUCAAAACCUUGAUCUCAUUGAUAUAUCAGCAUUUGCAAGUAGUCCUCUUCCUCAUACCGUAAAAAUAUUCCGAAAAUCAGUUCGUAAGCAGUGUACCAGAGCUAAACACCGUAUGCGCUACGAGUGGGUUGAGUCUUGUGUACAGAUUCUCAUUAGGCAUCGUCAUAUUGAUUGGGCACAUUUAGUACCUAAAAAGGCUGGUACUUCUUCUGAAAGAAUUCAAAAAUACUUUUCAUCUGUUUGUGUAAUUAUGUCUUCUCUCAUGAGACAAUUAAUCACUGACAACAUUUGGAAGUGGACACAACUGAUUCACAAGUAUGCAAUUGGCAACAACAUUUCAGAGAUGAAGGAUAUUGUUUUUCCUAAUUUUCCUAUUCUCACUAUCUGUGUGGUUGUAAAACGUCGUUCUAUAAAACUUGAAAUGAAAUAUGAGAAAUGGAAGAAAGAAUUUAUAUCUGUUAUAUACAGUUUGCUUGAGAUUUCAAAAGACAUUCCCAGGCCUGAUAAAAUUUUACUCAGAAUUUUAGACAGUGAAGGAAUGAAUUUAUAUGCUAUUCCUCCUAAUGACCAAAAAGUAGAAUUCUGCGUUAAUUCAGUGGAAAAGGAUUUAAAGUAUAAUCAUAUAGGUCUAGAACAAUACAUAAAACGUUAUGAAAAAUUUAAGUACAUUUUGGAUGGAACACUUGAGGAAGAAAUUAAUUCUUUUCUGAAUUCUGAUGAAGAACUUGAUGUUUACAAGUUUCCAAAAAAAAUUAAAGAUUUGCAUGCACACAAAGAUUUUAUAAAUUCAGAAAGGAGCAACAUUAACCUUAAUGUGAUAAAUUUGAAUUGUGAUAAGAUGAAAAAACAGCUUUGCUCAAAGAUUGAUCGUAUUAGCCAAAAAUUAAUUAAAUAUCAAGUUGAAGUUAAUGCUGGUCAUACACAAAAAAUUUGUGAAGAAUUUCGAUUAAUGCAAGAGCUUUUAAUCAGACCUGUUACAAAUACUGCAGAGCUUGUAGAAAUGUCUGAUAUUCUAAAAAUGGCAACAGGUACAAAAAUGCCUAAGUUGAUGAAAGAAAUUAAAAAGGCUGUAAAGCGAAUUAUAUUUCUGUUGGAUCAUGCUAUUCUUUCAG